AUGGUGCCAAGGUAUCUGGGUAGUACCGAUGAUGAAAAUUCCAUACAUUUAAAGAAUAUGAUUGGUAAAGCGCGUCCGCUACGAUCUCCACCAAAGUACUCUUAUACAAAUAUGGGAAAUGGAUCUACUAGAGCCCAACAAUCAGUUCUAGACAAGGAUGCCGCGCAUAUUAAUUCUACUGAUAAAUUGUACCAUAAGGAUAAAGUGGAUAAGGAGAUAUCGCUCACGAUUGAUGGGGACAAUGCUAACUUAGACGAACGGGAAUUAAACGAAUCGUACAUCAAAUUUCUAAACCAUAUUGAUGAUGACAGUUAUUUCGAAAAAGACGGAGAUUCAGAUUUCACAACCGAUGAGGAAGAGGAUACUUAUAAUGAGGAAUAUUCUGAUGAUGAUGAUGAUGAUGAAUAUAUCUCAGAAAAGAGGAGCUUUAACGGAAAAGGCCUUUUCAACAAGGCAGCGGAAACGCAAGAUUUUAUUGAAAAACCUGCGUUGAGCAACACAAGCACAAACACGAGCCAAAGCUCAAUUGAUUCAAAAAGCCGUGAACCAUCAAUAAGGACAUCAAAAAAUAACAAAAGAAGGAAUGGCCUGUUACUGUUAUUAUUUGUGGCACUUGCGUCCUUUCUUUUGACAGUGGCAUGUGCUUUGGUAUUAAAUUUUGCAAAAUCUUGGUUGGCACCGCUGAUGCUGAUGCUGAUGCCUAUCACAAACUAUGAUGAGGCCAUAAAUUCCGAAUAUUUGAAUAGAAAAAUUUGUCAACUAGAGGAACUAAUACGAGAAACCCACUUGGACUCUCAAGAUAAAUUUAACAAAUUACAUUUGGAAAUAAACCAGCUAGAAAUACCACAAGACAACCAAGAUAAUCUAAUCAAACUAAACAAUGGACAAGUACAAAUUGCUCCUGAGUUUCACCAAUUCCUAAACAAGUUUCUUGAGGCAUAUCAAAACUCCUAUAUUGACCAAAAACUCAAAAGCUAUGAAAGCUUGGAAGAUUUGAAUAAAUUGAAGCAGCACGUGAAUGAAGCUGUUGCCGAAUCAGUAAACACCAUUGAAAAAAAAGUGAAGACAAAGGUUGAUAGGUUAUUGGGUAACUUGACCAUUGUCGAUGAUACACUAUAUCCCUCUACCAGCAAUAAACUUUGGAUGAACUCUAUGCUUGAAUUAAUUUCCAAGAGUUCGAGAUACAAAAACUAUGCAGAUUUCAAUAAUGGUGCUAGGAUACUAGGGUUUUUAACAUCGCUGCCUAAAAAUGAAAAGGGCUUAUUUAAAAAAGUGUUUCUGAUCAGUGACUGGUUUGCUAAUGACGUUCUAAGUCCAUAUGAUGCUAAUCAUGUAAUACUAGACGACGGUGUAACAUGGAGAGGAGGCGAUGAGGUAGGAAUAAGAUUAAACCCGUCGAUCAUACCCACGGAUAUCUUGAUACAGUGCGAUGAACACACUCGUACUCAAAAUAUAGAGGUCUCAAUUGCAAUCAAGCCCGAUACAAAAGCAGGCUUUGACAGAUUGAAAUUUGAUAUAAUUCACAGCUCAAACAAGUAUACUUCAAAAUACAAAGUGCUCAAGACCAACAAGCUCAAGCCAGGAAUCAAUCACAUUAAAUUGCCAAUUAGAUUUAUAAACAGUCAAAUUUCAGGAAGAAAUUUGUAUUUCAAAUUCAACGGCCCAGUGAAUAUCUCCAGUAUUAAAGUAUACGGUAUAACUGAGUUGGAUGCUGUACAAUUUAGGGGCCAACUAGAGUUAUUAGUUGAUAAAUUCACUGAGGACGACACUGUACCACCAAGUCGAAACCAGGAGAGAAAUAAGGAGAAAGAAGCUGAUGAGAGGGUGUAUGAUAUCAAUGAGGAUAUAUACUUGUAA